AUGAAUUCAGAAGGAUUUGUUAGCCUUAUGAUGGAAAAAGAUGAUUCUUAUUAAUUUUAACCUACUGAAAAUAAAUUUAAAAUAAAUAAUGACGAUGAUUUUUAUAGAUAAUUAAGUUAAGAGUUUUAUGGUCAAUAAAAUUCAUCCUACUUUAAAAAAAACAUAAACCAAAUAAAAACAAUCGACGCCCUGAAAUAUAAAUCAAGGCCUCCAUUCUAAACAAGUGAAUCUUAAAAAUCCCAGUAUUCGUUUACUAAUCAUUAAUAAUCAUAAUAAAUAAUACAAUAAGUAAAAUAAAUAUUUAUAAUCAUUUUAGAAGAUCUAUAAAUUAUUUACUAAAUAAACUCCAUUUCAAUAGACUUUGAAUAAAUAGCUUGACAAAUCAACAUACAAAGCUAGAAAUCUCUAAGACAUAUCUCCUUAAUUUACUUUUAAACUCAAUAUCUCAAACUCUUCCAAGAACUUACUGUAACAGCAAUCUCCCCAAAUUAGCUACCGAUCUAAGUUCAAUGAUGAAGAUUACUAAGGUUUCUAAUAAUAAAGUUCUCAUAGAAAUACCUUGAAUAGUUGUGAUAAAACUUUUAAAAAGUAAGAUAAAGUAUCUGACAUCUAUUAUCCUUUAAAAUUAAAUCCAUAUAAAGGUAAAGAGAUUGGAAAUUUGUUUCAGUUAUCAUUUAGAAGUAAACAAUGA